AUGUCGGACAAACAAAAAGGUCUCAUUGAAGCGUUUAAUGAAGUUUUGCCAUCCGUGAGUCAUAGAUUUUGCGUGAGACAUCUUCAUAAUAAUUUUAAGAGGGCUGGUUUUAGUGGUUCCUCGCUAAAAUGUGCGCUUUGGGCUGCUGCAAGUGCUACAACUGUGGAAUUUUUUAAUGCUCGCAUCAAUGACAUUGUUAAAUUGGAUGCCGAAGCUGCUAUAUGGUUGAAAGAAAAGGAACCUAUUGAAUGGUCUAAAUCACAUUUUUCUCCCAUUGCUAAGUGUGAUAUUUUGUUGAAUAAUAUGUGUGAAUCGUUUAAUAGUAUGAUACUUGAUGCUCGAGAUAAGCCAAUCAUCACUUUGUUGGAAAAAUUAAGAUAUCUUCUUAUGGCUAGAUUACAAGCUAAUAGGGAUAAAGCUGAUAAAUGGAAUUCUGAUGAUAUUUGCCCUCGGAUUAAGAGUAUUCUGCACAAAAAUGAAAAAGAUGCUACUGGUUUUAUUCCUAAAAAGUCGAAUGAAUGGAACUUUGAAAUUCUUGGCGGAAGUGUGAGCGACAUUUGGGCUGUGGACCUUGCUGGCAGAAAAUGUAGCUGUAGAAAAUGGACCAUUACAGGAAUCCCUUGCAAGCAUGCUAUUUCGGCAAUUUGGCAUAAAAAUGACGAGGUUAUUAAUUAUGUGGAUGACUGCUAUAAUGUGGAAAUGUAUAAGCGAAUCUAUGAACCAGCUAUUCUUCCAAUAAAUGGUUCACAGUUGUGGCCUAAAUCAGGCAAGAUCCCUCCUUUGCCUCCAAUCUUUUCAAGACAAAAUAAGUCUGGGAGAAAGCAAAAGUUGAGAAGGAAAGAACAAGAUGAAGUAGGAUCAAGUAGAACUAAGAUGAAGAAGAAGCAAACAUCAGUUAACUGUAGUCGAUGUCACAAGUCUGGCCAUAAUACGAGAACUUGCAAGUUUAACUAUGUACAGCCAGAAGGAGGAGUUUUUGAGUCAGCUUGUAGGAUGCCUUCUACUUCAUUUGUACCUGAAAAGUUGCCGGUAAAUAUUUUUAUACCUAAGUAA